UAGUUGAGUGAAUGAAUGGUGGAAUGACAGCACACGCCAUGUUGUACCGCAUUUUUGUUUUGGUUCUCGACGUAAACGGACGUGUGUGCUCGUGUUAUGCGGCGCCAGUUGGCACAGAGACAGACAGACAUUCAAGGCAACUACUUCAAAAAGCAGUUAAUAAUAAAUACAACAAUUUUACACAUUCACAUUCCAUUUUGAUUCUGUUGUGUGUGAAAAACUUAUAAGAAAAGCAACAAAAACAACGCGAAACCAACGGCAAAUAACAAAAGUAUCAAACACAACAACAGUAAGCAGCAGCAGCAACAAAAACAGCAUUGGCAGCAAACAGCAUAGCAAAGCAGCGAAGUCAACGUCAAAGAAGAAGAGGAAGAAGCAAGAUAAAUACAUAGCAAUUUCGACUAAAUAAAGUUUACCAAACGUCGUCGGUAUAAUCGCAACGUUUCUUUCCUGCGUUUCGGAUUCUCCGUGCGUUAGUUCUUCAUUCCGUUCGUUCCGCGUGUUGCUCUCUCGCGUGAGAGUGCCACUUGUUGCCGGUACUCUUCAUCCCAUCAAUCCAUCGAUACUGCACUUGGUAACUGAUUGAUCUGGUCCACCCACUGGCGGAGAUUAGCGGUACGACAACGCUCAGUGGAAGCAGAAGGACCCAGAACCAUUGGAAGGCAUGCAGUUGAUGGCCGGCGGUUACUCCUGUUACUCCUGCAGCAGCUCCUCCAUCUCCUUUGAUUCCAGUUCCAGUUCCCUCCGUUCCAAACUCUCGCGAUGGAGAGCGAACAGCAGCAGGAGGUUGUGGGCGGAAGUGCGUCACUAUGUCGCAUCUGCAUCACCACCCAUCAGCAGCAGAAUAACACCACCACAUCACCCACAGCCAACCUGCCAAUGAUACCCAUCUUCGGCGAGGAUGCGCUCUGGCAGAAGAUUACCACGCUGGCCAACGUCAAGAUUAGCAAAAACGACACCCUACCGCAACAGGUGUGCGUCGGGUGUGCUAAGACGGCCAUAUCGGCCUGCGUGUUCAAGAAAAAGUGCGAGGAGGCGGACAGCUUUUAUCGCCAGCAACUGAGGCUCCAGAAGAUCGAGGGCGCAGAUCCGCUGGAGGCGAGUGCUGCUACCGAUCAGGCCAAGAGCAGCGGCUGCAGCAGUGGCAGCGGGAGCAGCAGCGCCAGCGGAAGCGGCAGCAGUUCCACCAGCAGCAGUUCCUCCUCCGAUGACGAGGACGAGGACAAUGACCAGGAGCACGAUAACGACAAUGAUGUCGUUGCUAGCGAAGCACAAAAGCGCCUCCAAAAUGGUCAUGGACAGGCGAUUAAUGGUCAUCGAGGGGAUGAAGCUGAUGAGAUCCACGAUGAGAUUGAUGACCACCACGAACCAGGCCGUGAUGCCGGUCGAGAAGACGAACUCCUCCGAAACGGCAUGGAGUUGACGGAGACAAAUCACGAGGAUGACAAUGAUGUGGAGCAGAUCAAUCCUUUAAAUCAGCAUCAUAACGACGAUGGCGAGAUAACUGGCCAUGGCGGUCAUCCCAAGGAGCCCUUCGACUUCAACUCCAUUCGUCUGAUGCAGGAGUAUAUGCAACAUCAGAUGAACAAGUUUCCCAAUGGCUCCGCCACCGGUCCGCCGGGUCAUGACUUGGAUCUCGAUCUCGACCAGCAGCACCACGACGGCGACGAUGAUGAGGAUGAAGAAAUGUCGCUGCCGCUUAUACCCGAAAUUGAGUUGAUUACGCCGGGGGAUGAAGCUUCAGCGGAUCCGUCAAAUCCAAAUGAUUUGGUUAACGGAGCCGGCGUUGGCGUGGUUCAGGGAUUGCAGGAGCCAGGUUUCCAAUGCCCCCAUUGCUAUCAGAUCUUCGAGAUGAAACAGAUCCUCAAGGCGCACAUGCAGAGCGUCCAUGGAGCACCGGGUCCGGUGUACGAGUGUAGCAAUUGCCGCAAGACCUACUUCUACAAGCGUUUUCUGGAGAAACACAUACGACGCGGUCGGUGUGUCAAGAAGCGUCGUAAUCAAACUCGACCGAUGCAGUGCUCGGAUUGUCAUGUCCUCUUCCCCACAGGCCAUCAUUUGGGUUGGCAUAAGCGCACCGGUUGUCCUUCGAAGGCGGCCAAAAUGCCACUGCAACAGCUUUUCAAGCAAAACAUUGUGCAGUUUAAUAAUUUCCCCAAGCGGGUUGCCGCUGGAGGAGCACGCAAGCCCACGGCUCCCGAUCUGCACAUAAACAAUCGCAAACUUGGACUGGCCAACAAGAGAAAAGGGCGCACUCGCAUCAAGUUGGAUGCAAAGAAGAUUGCCCUGGCCAAGCAGUUGAUAUUGCGAGAGGCCACCACGACGGUGAUCGCCAACGAGCUGAACAUUUCGCGCACCUUCGCCUGGCGCUUGCGCAAAAGUCUGGUAAAUGGUGUCAGUUUGCAUGAGCGCGUGGUGGAUCCAUCGCAGGAGGAGCAGCACUUGCAACAACUGCAGCAACAGCAGCAGCACCACCACCAUCACCAGCAAAUACAGCUGCAGCAUCAACAGCAGGAUGAUCAGCAGCAAGCAGCGGCUGCUGCGGCGGCACAUGCGGAACGUGAACGCGAACACCAUCAUUUGAGUCUACCCUAUAGCCACCUCGGCUUGGGUCUUAUCAAAGAAGAACGACAGGACAGCGAGGAUGAGGAGCAUCAGCAGCAACAACAGCAUCACCAUCCUUCACAUCAUCAACUGGGCUUGGUGGAUGAGUGCGGAGCAGACGAGAUCGGAGCUGAGGAAACGGCUGGUUAUAUGGGCGAUGAGGAUGCCGUUUGUGGAUUGCUUCACAAUGGCUACGAUCCUGAUCCCGAUUCGGAUCACAUUGAUCACGAUCCCUUCGAGGCCACCGAAAACAACGAGCAUCAAUCGAAUGGCGGUCGGCCGGGAUCUGUUUCGCCGGCGCCGCAAAUACCGCCGCCAACGCUGGGAAGUUCUGGGUUGCCCGUGCCUGUGCAAGUACAUGCUGCAGCGCGACCCGACGUGGAGGUCUAUAAACGUCUGCUGGCCGAGUCUCAGCACUUCCCCCACAUCGUCAAUGCCCAGCAGUUGCAGAUGCAGCAACAGCAACGCGAGCGGGAAAGAGAGCAGCGGGAUCGCGGGCGAGAGCAACUGCAGCAACAGAAGGCCCACAACGGUGGAAUGCCGAUGCUAACUCGUUAUCCGACAUCCGUCAUGCACGCCCUGCCCGUCAACCUGUCCCUGCGUUCCAUGCCCCACAUGAACAGCAACGAGAGCAAUGGCAGCUCCAGCAGCAAUACUGCAGCUUCAGUGCCCGUUCCAGGCUCAUCUGCAGCCUCGGCGGCUGUUACGCCAACCGGCAAGAAGCCCCGCAAGCCGAACGUCUUUAUUGAUGACGAGAAGUAUGCCAUGGCCAAGUUGUUGGUGGCCCAGAACUCCUCCACCAUGGAGAUAGCCAGGGCGCUCAAUGUUUCCCAAAUGACAGCCUGGAAAGUGCGCGAUGCCAUUCUAAAGGGAGUGCCGCUCUCCUAUCGCAACAAGCGUUCCGAUGGCAGGCAUUCGGAUGAGUUCAGCGUCAAGGAGCAGCAGCAGCAACAGCAGCAUCAGCAUCAGCAGCAACAGGAGCAACAGCAACGCCAGCAGGAGAUGCAACGACAGCAGCAACAGCAAAUGGAGCAAAUGGAGCUAAUCAAACAGCAACGCCAGCAACAGGAGCUGCUACUUCAACAGCAGCAACAACAACAACAACAGCAACAGCUACGCCACCACACACCAGCGGACACAUCACACUAUCAGCAACAGCAACAGACGACACCAAAGCUGCUGCAUCCUCGCCGCCGUCUGAAGGCCGCGGAACGUGAGCUGCGCGACAAGGAGAUCACACGCGAAAUACUCGAGCUGAUCAAGGAGGACAGCAACAUUCAGUACUGGAAGGUGUCGGCCCGCCUGGCCGAGAAGGGUAUCAAUAUAUCGCCCUCGUCUGUCUGCCAGAAGCUCAAGUCGAUGGGCAUCCACAGGCGCUGGAAGCCAGGCGACAAGCCACCCAUGCUGGCCAUCAGCCAGCUGAAAGCGGCCACAGUGGCGGCCGCCGCAGCGGCAGCUGGCUUGGCCGGCGUCGGCGGUGUCGUUGGUGGCAGUGCUGGACUGGGUGGCAGUAGUUUUGGCCUGGCCGACGAUAGCUUCGAGCAGCAGCAGUUCGACAUGGGCGGGCCGCACUUUCUCAGUGCCUUCACGCGCUAGACGAUCGACCAGAAGUCCUCCCCAUAUACACCUAGAUUUAAAUAUCACACUCAUUGGAGCGGAUCAGAAUCGUAGGUCAGCAAGUAAGCUAGAGCCAAUUUAAUUAAGACAUUUUGGCUUGGAAAUUUUAGAUCUAGAACUUUUUUUCACACUUUCAAAUGAAUUAUACAAACCGAUCGAAAAAUGGUUGAUAGGAUCAAAUUCUAGUAGAUACUUUUGAAAUAAGAAGAGAAAUUAAGAAUUUAAGACUUACCAUUUCCAAGACAAAAAGUCUAUAUAGUGUCCGCAAUUACGACUUUUGAGUUAAAUUAGAUAUUUUAUUCGAGCCACCCAAACCCACAUGCAUAGAUCAGCACAGCAACAACAACUUGUAUUUUUUAUAUAGUAUUUGAAAGGGAGAGCGCGCUUGAGAUGUAUUUGUAAUCGAUAUGAGAUAGCAUAUAUUGUAUGAUUCUGUAUUAGAUUUAUAUAUCCAAUAUAUAUAUGCUAAGCAUUCCUAGAAUGUCACACACAAAAGAUAAAAACACGCCCAAAACCACGUUCAUUCCAAGUGAGGAAAUAAUUUCCUUUCUUUAAUUUCAACAGCUUCCUUUUUCUCGUCCUCCAUCCACACACACUCACAUACACUACACCAACACACACUUAGUUGAUAAUUUGAGUAAUCUAAUUAAUAUAUUUAUUGAUCGCAUGUCCCUGUGUGUGUGCCUUUCAACUGAGAAAUGUAUUUAAAGAUUUUUACCAUGUUUAAUUUAUUUAUUUUACUCACGCACACACACACACACAUAAGCAAGCACACAUUCAGUACUGAACCAUAAUUUAGUUAAAUUAAUGCAUCAAACGAUUAAAUAACAAUCAGAACAAAGCAAACGGAAGCAGAUCAAACAGCAGCUAGAUUGAAAGUUAGGAGAGCUAGCCACAUAGCAACAUAAGUGCAAUUAUAAACUAAACCUAAAAAUCAAGAAGAAUGUCUAACAUUAUCGUGUAACCGAGACAGAAGAUAGGAGAGUGAGAUAUGGGAGAAAGAGAGGGGAAAUCGACUUUUCUAUUUAAAAUUUAGACACCACUAAACACUUAACUUUCCGCUGAAUCGAAACUAAAAUAUUUGAUUAUUUUCAUUUCGGUUUUAAAUUAGUUUAGGUGAAUUUAAAAGCAAAUUGUUUUUAGAUGAAAAACUUGAUGUAUACAUUUCCAAAGACUUACCAAAACUUCGUUAAGGCACAAACAGGCAACAAAUUUUAAAAAUCAAACGCAAAAGUUCCCUUUUCGGUGGUGUUUUAGUACAAAUGUGUAGUUUAAUAAAAUCCCGUGGGUAUGCAUUCAUGUACUAACUUUCCCAUUUUCUGCUUUCUUUCUCCCGAUCGUUUUCCAUAUAGACAGUUACUCCGAAUCCAUCCUCCAACCAAGCCCCAAUUUAAGUAAUAUAGUUAUGGAAACGAGACAAACAAGCGAGCAAUGUUAAAAAACUUCGUAGCCAAUUGUUAGUAAAAAAAUGAGAGAAUAACCACAAAAGAACAAAGCGAAAUGAAUUGAAAAUGAAGACAAGUUAAGCCGAGCACUCGGAACUGUAUUUAUUUACAGCCAAUUUUAGGAACAUAUAUAUUUUAUUAUUAUUUUUUUUUUCUGUUGUUGCGGAUGAACUUGCAUUUGUCUGCGAUUUAUUUUUGUAUAGCUUUUAAGGUCGGCAGUUAGAGCGAAAGAGAUAGCUAGAGAUUGAGAGAGAGAUAGAGAGGGCGAGCGAGC